UGCCACCUGUCAGUGCUCAUCAAUGCCAGCUGUCAGUGCUCAUCAAUGCCACCUGCCAGUGCCCAUCAGUGCCUCAUCAAUGCCACAUAUCAGUGCCUACCACUGCACAUCAAUGCCACAUAUCAGUUCCCAUCUGAGCUGCCUUUCAGUGUCACCUAUCAGUGCCAGUCAGAGCCACCUAUCAAUGCCAGUCAUCAGUACCGCCUAUCAGUGCGCAUCAGUGCUGCCUAUCAGUGCCCGUCAGUGCUGUCUAUCAGUGCCGCCUAACAGUGCCAGUCAGUGCUGCCUAUCAGUGCCAGUCAGUGCCGCAUAUCAGUGCCACCUAUCAGUGCCACCU